AUGAGUGCGUCUGCAGGGACUGGUGUGUUCUUGCUCUCUUUGAUGUCCAUUCCCAUCUGCUAUUUGUUCAACUCUCUGGUCUACAACAACAGUGCUGAAGUCUUCUUCUUUGCUGGAUGUGCAACUCUCAUCUUUCUGGUUAUUUCUGCCCAUUUUAUAUUCAAGAGAAAAGCGCCCUUAGACUCUCUCUUCUAUGUGUAUGCAGUUCAUGCGUUCUUCAGUGUGGUGAACUUAAUCAUCGGGCUGGAGCAGGACAACAUCAUUGAUGGAUUUGUGACAUUUUACCUAAAAGAGGCUGAUCCACACAUUAACACAGCACAUGGACACAUGAUGUCCUACUGGGAUGGCUGUGUGCAUUAUCUCAUGUAUUUGCUCAUGAUCGCUGCCAUUACUUGGGGGGACAACUUUAGAGCUAUUGGACUUUACUGGGUUGGGUCUUUUGUAAUGCGUUCUAUCAUUUACCUUCUUGGGAAUGCUGUUGGGAAAUAUGGUACAGAAAUGGGUCCUCUCUUCUUCCUUCACUUGCUCUACAUCUCAGUGUCUGUCUGGGCUUGCUUCCGUGUCUUCAGCCAUCCUUCCACACAGAUCGUUGAGUUUACAAACAUCCAGGAGGCUCAGAAAAUGACAUUAUUCGACAGACCUUUAGACUUAUGCUUUAUUAUCUACCUCAUCCCAGCUAUAACCUUCUGUGUCUUUAGAGGUCUGGUUGCAUUGGAUUGUUCCAACAUGCUGUGUCAGCACUACGUACAGCACUAUGAGCCAUACAUGAAAGACCCCUCGGCAUACCCUAAAAUACAUAUGCUGGUGAGCAUGCUCUACUCUGGCCCGUAUUAUAUCAUGACUCUCUACAGCUUGUUGGUUCCGGGAUGUGAGUGGAUGCUGGACCUGACUCUUGUACAUUCAGGUGCAAUAGCACAAGCACAGUUUUCUCAUAUCGGGGCCUCUCUUCACACCCGGACACCAUUCUCUUACAGAGUUCCUGCUGACAGCCAACUGAUCUUUUUGCUGGUUAAUAUCCUCUAUGCUUUGGUGCCACAGGUUCUAUGCUACCGUUGCACUACCAGGCCUGCAUUCUUCCUUAGGGGCAAAACAGAAAAGAAAAGUGCAUGA